AUGGCACGUACCAAGCAGACCGCAAGAAAAUCUACUGGAGGCAAAGCCCCACGAAAACAGCUGGCUACCAAGGCAGCCCGUAAGAGUGCACCGGCCACCGGUGGGGUUAAGAAACCACACAGAUACAGGCCAGGAACUGUCACUCUCCGUGAGAUCAGGAGGUACCAAAAGAGCACCGAGUUGCUCAUCAGGAAACUCCCAUUCCAGCGCUUAGUGCGUGAAAUUGCCCAGGAUUUCAAGUCCGAUCUGCGUUUCCAGAGUUCCGCCGUCAUGGUCCUUCAGGAAGCCAGUGAGGCCUACCUUGUCGGACUCUUCGAGGACACCAACUUGUGUGCUAUCCACGCCAAGAGAGUGACCAUCAUGCCCAAGGACAUUCAGCUUGCUAGACGUAUCCGCGGUCUUUUGAUGAAAACUACAGCUCUGUGGGGACAAGCAGAAAAGAUGGCACGUACCAAGCAGACCGCAAGAAAAUCUACUGGAGGCAAAGCCCCACGAAAACAGCUGGCUACCAAGGCAGCCCGUAAGAGUGCACCGGCCACCGGUGGGGUUAAGAAACCACACAGAUACAGGCCAGGAACUGUCACUCUCCGUGAGAUCAGGAGGUACCAAAAGAGCACCGAGUUGCUCAUCAGGAAACUCCCAUUCCAGCGCUUAGUGCGUGAAAUUGCCCAGGAUUUCAAGUCCGAUCUGCGUUUCCAGAGUUCCGCCGUCAUGGCCCUUCAGGAAGCCAGUGAGGCCUACCUUGUCGGACUCUUCGAGGACACCAACUUGUGUGCUAUCCACGCCAAGAGAGUGACCAUCAUGCCCAAGGACAUUCAGCUUGCUAGACGUAUCCGCGGCGAACGAGCUUAA